UCUCACGCUGCUUCUCUGACCUCUGCUCUCCUCCUGCUCUCGGUUGUUGUCGGUUGUUCUCGGUUGUUGUCGGUAGUUUCCGCUGCUCUGUCCAGUAUGAGGUCACCAGGGUCAAAUGUGACCUCUGUGACGCUGGACGGUCUCGUGCAGCUGUCUGACCACAGGUGGCUCUUCUUCGUCCUGUUUCUGUCGGCCUACCUGUUCGUGUUGGUCUCUGACAGUCUGGUGGUCUAUGUGAUCUGGUCUCAGCGGAGCCUGCACCGUCCCAUGUUCAUGUUCGUAGCCGCGGUCCUGAUGAACUCUCUCGUCGCCAGCGCGGCGGUCUAUCCCGGGCUGCUGUCGGACCUGGCGUUGGGCCGCCACGUGGCGGAGGUUUCCCGUGCCGCGUGUCUGAGUCAGGGCUUCGUGGUUUACUCUCUGGGCAGCUCGAGCUUCGUGCUCCUCGCGGCCAUGGCCUUCGACCGCUACCUGUCCAUCUGCCGCCCGCUGCGCUACGCCGCGCUGGUGACUCCUGCCGCGGUGGCGGCGCUGCUGCUUCUGUGCUGGCUGCUGCCCGCGGGCCUGGUGGGCGGCGCGGUGCUGCUCGCCAGCCGCCUGCCGCUCUGCCGCUCGCGCAUCAGCAGGAUUUAUUGCGACAUCUACAGCUUCGUCCGCCUGAGCUGCGGCGGCGGCGGCGCGGUGCUGCUGUUCGAGGUGUACGGCCUCUUGUGCGCCGCCACCACCGUCUUCCUGCCCGCCGCCUUCGUGCUCUUCACCUACGGCAGAAUCCUCUUCAUCUGUCUGCGCCGCUCGCGCGCCUUCAGCAGCAAAGCGCUGCGCACCUGUCUGCCGCACCUGCUCGUCUUCCUCAACUACUCUCUGAGCGCCGGAGCGGAGCUGCUGCAGCGCCGGCUGCAGGCCGGGGGCGCGCCCGCCGUCUCCAUCCUCCCCUCCGUCCUGGUGCUGGUGGUUCCGACCGUGUUCAACCCGGUGGUUUACGGCCUGAAGGUGCAGGAGGUGUUCAGGCACGUGAGGAGGCUGCUGAGCUGCCGCGCGCCCGGUUAAUCAGCUGAUCGCAGACAGUCUGAUCAAAAUGAUCGAUAAACGUGUCAACAGAUUUUUGACUGUAGCUAAUUGAAAUGAUUGAAGUUGUAGAAAACAUCUGGAGUCUGCAGCUGUCUCACUGUGAGCUAUGGAGGAUCACUAGUGCCAGAAACAAAACUGAUAAAUAGAAAAUACAAAUGUUUAGUAAACAGACUGAAAUAAUAAGUGACUGUAAGUUUUAUAUAUUUCAUCUCUAACAUUUCAUCUAUUCUGACCUCUUUCUGGCAGAAACAUAAAUCAGUAUUACAGAUUUAUUUGUCUAUUUAUUUUUAUUAUUUAUGUUUUUAUUUAUUUGAUUAUUUUAAAUGUUUUUUUCUUGUGUCAACACUGUCAAAAAAUCAUAUGAUAAUAUAAAAUGUUCUCCUUAAAUUUAAAUCAGUCAAAUGUGUUAUUUGUUUUCUCUCCAAAAACAUUUCUCAUCGAAACAAGACGAAGUCAUUAAUACUUAAAUAUCACAUGUCAGUAUUGAGUAAUGUUUGAGAAGAAAUAAUAUUAUAAUCAUGUUCUUCACUUUUUCUUUAAUGUAGGUUUGUUUGAUAAUGUCAUUAAAUGUGCAAAAACUCACAAGUGACUAAAUGUUUGACAUUAUGUAAAAAAAAUCCAAUUCAAUUCACUUCAUGCAGGUUUAAGUACAUGUAAAUAUAAUGAUAAUAUAAAAUGAUGGCAUA